CUAUGCUAUAUCAAAAAGUAGCCAUCCAGCAUGUUUUAUCUAUUGUGGCAGCCCUUGCUCACAAAAAGGUUGGAGACCCCUGGUUUAGUUAAAUGUGGUUGAUUAUCACUGUUGUUGUUAUUUUAAUAGUAUAAAUUAAUUUAUAAUUAAAUAGGAAUAUCGCGUUAUAAUGCAUAACGGUAUCUUCUGUUUGUUGUUUUUCAGACGAAACAGCAGAUGACCAAAGCAUUCAUCUUUUCCUGGACAUCUCCUGUUGUGUGGAUGACUAUGUGGAUGAAGAGGGGGAAAUCCUUGCUGAGGAGCAGAGUGAAGCCUAUCCUCACAUACAAGAUGGGGAGGAGCAUGGAAGUGAUCAGUCCAGAAGUAAAAAAAACAGAACACUUGUUGAUGAAACUUUUGGCCAUGAUGAAAUUGACUGGUAUCCUCCGUGACGACUUCUUACAGUAUGUGGUUUGUCCAAAAUGUAUGACAGUGUACAUGCUUACUGAAACCUAUGAGCGCAGACGGGAUGGUACAAAGGUUUGCAGGACUUGUGGUCACAUCCCGUUCUACAAUCACCCACAGCAGAGAUCUGCAUUAAGGAAGAAAUAUGGCUCUGCCUUGCUAAGAAAGGCUACAUAUUCGAGCGGUGAAGAGUAUGUCCAUCCAAUACGUUCUUACUGUUACGAGAGUGUUGUGCAGUCUCUGGGAGGACUUGUUAAAAGACUUGGAUUUGAAGAGAAAUUAGAUGAAAGGCGAAAGCGGGAACUGCCAAAGGGUGUGUUAGGAGAUGUAAAUGAUGGACAAGUAUGGCAGGAUUACCAGUAUGUGAAUUCAAUAAACUGUAGUCAUGCCACUAUGCACAGUAUUUGAGCUGUGAUGUAAUUGCACAAGUUACCUUGCUUCAUUCCCAUCCGGACAGACAUUUUGUUGUUUGACAUGUUGUUUGAUGGUGUUUGCAUAGAAUGCACAAAUUGAGCCUGAUUAAAACUCUGUUAAAACAAUUAAAAUUGUUGAAAUAAAUA